AUGAGCAAUCAUCAAACUCAGCAGGUGUUGAAGCAACUGGAGCCAUGGUGUGAGCUUAAAGACAAAGUGGUCCUUGUGACAGGAGCUUCUUCUGGUAUAGGCCGAGAGGUCUGUCUUGAUCUGGGCAAAGCUGGUUGUAAGAUAAUCGCAGCAGCUCGUCGUGUCGAUCGUCUCAAAUCACUAUGCUCUGAGAUCAACAGCUUUGGUUCGACCGAGAUCCAAGUAGCCGCAGCUCUUGAGCUAGACGUUUCAUCAGAUUCAGCCACCAUUGAAAAAGCGGCUAAAGAAGCUUGGCAAAUCUUUGGAAAGAUCGAUGUGUUGAUCAACAAUGCUGGAAUCAGAGGAAACGUCAAGUCGAGUUUGGAUUUGUCUGAAGACGAGUGGGACAAAGUCUUCAGAACCAACUUAACCGGACCUUGGUUAGUCUCCAAAUACGUAUGCAGGUUAAUGCGUGACGCUAAACGCGGUGGCGGCUCGGUGAUAAACAUCUCGUCGAUCGCCGGUCUCCACCGCGGUAUGUUGCCCGGUGGACUCGCGUAUGCGUGUUCGAAAGGCGGUGUUGACACCAUGACGAGGAUGAUGGCUAUGGAGUUGGGCGUUUACAACAUCAGAGUCAACUGUAUCGCGCCGGGGCUUUUGAAGUCAGAGAUCACACAGAGUCUCAUGGAGAAAAAGUGGCUCAAGAACGUAACCGAGCGGACCAUCCCGUUAAAGGAGCAACAGACCGCGGAUCCAGGGCUUACCUCAAUCGUUCGCUAUCUCAUUCACGAUUCUUCUCAGUACAUCUCCGGGAACACAUACAUUCUUGACUCCGGAGCUACAUUACCUGGUCUCCCAAUAUUUUCUUCUCUUUGA